UCGCUCUACCCUAUGUUUGGGAAACGUACUCGGAGGUUCAACAACGUGUUGCAAAUUUUGGUUCCGGUCUAUGCAAACUUGGCUUGAAAACUAAAGCAUUUCUUGGAUUCUUUUCUAUUAAUACUCCAGAAUAUGUUAUCGCUGAACUUGCUUGUAAUCAAUACAACUUUGUAUCUGUACCACUUUAUGAUACUUUGGGUGCAGAAGCGCUUAAAUACAUUAUGACUCAGACAGAGUUAGAAUUGGUGUUCACUACUUCUAAUAAAGGUCGAACUCUUUUAGAUAUGAAAGAAUCAUUACCAACUCUUAAAACUAUUAUUAUUUCUGAUGAUGUAGAUCAAGAUUUUAUAAAUCGUGCUAAUGAAUUAAAA